AUGCGCAGGGCUGUUUUGCAGCUGCUGGCGGUCCAGGGUCAGUAUGCUGAUAUUACCUCUCCGCCAGACCCAGAUCCAGCACUACUACCCUACAAGCCAGACACAGAUUUAUACUCGGUCUCACACAGUCCUCUAGUAGACGAUUUCAACAGGCCAAAGACUGAUCUAACAUUUAACCAAACAGACCACAGUGCUGUACUGAUCACAGAACUUACAAUUGCCAACAGACUAAUACCUGAAGAAUCCCCAGAGGCCCACUCUGGUCAAUCGGUCCCCUGCCUUUAGCAGUAAAUCUGAAGAGGAGUCAUUUGACACUGACAAACCAUUUGCAGAUCUAACAUCACUUCAGCAUGUGAUAAAUACAGACCCGCCAGUCUCAGAAUUAUCCUUAUCAGAGCAACCAAAUCUUAACUCACCAGGACCCUUUGCAGCUGGCCCGACUGUUUCAGAACCGUUAGCUGAUAAUGCCUUGACUGUUUCAGAACCCUUAGCAGAUAUUACCCUGAUCGUUUCAGAAGCAGAACCCUUAGUAGGUACUGCCCAGACUGUUUCAGAACCCUUAACAGGUACUGCUCUGACUGUUUUAGAACCUUUAGAAGAACCCUUAAAUGUCCACUCUGUUUCAAAAUUAACUUUAUGCGAACCACUCGGUACAAACCCAGUUAUUCCAGAAUCAAACUUAUCUGAACAGUCAGCUGCGAUGGACUCUCAAGUAUCAGAAUCCAUUUUACCAGAGCCUCCAUUAACCUCUGAUGCGCCCAUCAUAGACCACAAUUUAACAGAAGCAGAAAUGAACUCUGACUGACUAACGCUAGAACUAACAUCACCAGAAUUACCUCUUAACGUGGACCAACCGACUCAGGAAUUAAACGUUUCGGAACCUGACAUCAGUACUAACAGCGACGCUUCUGACUCAUCCAUAUCUGCGCUUCAGCUGGCAGAGAGGAGCCAGAAUACUGACAUAGCGUUGCUUCAACACCCUGAGAUCACCCUCAGCUUGACUGAAGGCACUCCUUUACCAGAGCCACAGCUUGCUGUGAGUACUGGCAGCCCCUCUGUAUCUUACACUCCUCCGCUCACCACCACUCAUGCUUUUACAGUACUUUGCAUGCCCUGAUGCACAGGUGCUAUGAUCUGCCUGUUUUCUCACACUAAGGCUAUCCCAUGGUGUGAUAAUUACCCAUAUUCCUUAGAGCUUGAAUUGACUGGUUGUGUGAACCUGCCCACCUCAACAUUUGGUCUACAACACAAUAAUAUAUUUCUCCUUCAUUAACCAUUCACAUUUGAACACACAUUUGAUUUUCAGAGUGUCGGAAAUAUUCUGGAUAUGUCUUUUUCAGCCAAUGAGGCAUUCCUGUUAGUUGAUUGGUUCAGUGUUUUUCGAGACAGACUUUUCACUGGUGCUUAUCAGUGGCAAUGGAGUGUUUAUUCAGUCUCGUUGUUGUGGUGUGUGGAUCAACCUCUGGAAGUAUAGCUAUGUUCCAUCCCAUGGUUUCUCACUCUACUUCUUACUUUUUGGGUCUGUCCUACUGCAGAUGCUUUUGUGCUGCCUCUCCUGGCUUGCCCAAACGCAGGUCUUGCGAAGUAGAUUUGUGUUGUGAAAAGACGUGAUGAUGUCUAGUUAAAUGUACAUGUGGAGUGCAUUUCUCAAGUGUCCUCUGUUUUUUUUAGGCCACCAGCAUGGUGGUGGCGUCACGCUCGUAUGCUGAUUUCACUCCUGAGGCCACCUUUGACAUAAAGGUAAAACCCCAAAAAAUAUACUAAAAAUGUGUAGCUGAUUUUGAUACUCACGGUCUGCCUUGUUGAGUUCUCAUUGUGUGUGUGUGUGUGUGUGUGUUCCCUCCUGUAGAAAGUUGACCUUCAUCGUCUGGAGGAGGGCCCACCCCUGACAGCCACUCUGACCCGGGAGGAGGGACUGAAGUACUACCGCACCAUGCAGACCAUAAGACGCAUGGAGCUGAAGUCUGACCAGCUCUACAAGCAGAAGAUUAUCAGAGGCUUUUGUCACCUGUCCGAUGGCCAGGUUAGAACACACAAUCACUCUCACCUGUUUUAUAAGCAAACAUACAGUUUCACAUGAACACACACACACACCAUUGGAGGCUGGUGGGAGGAGCUAUAGGAGGAUGGACUCAUUGUAAUGGUUGGAAUGGAAUUAGUGGAGCAGUAUGUAACACAAACAUAUGGAAACCACAUUUUUGACUCCGUUCCAUUUAUUCCAUUCCAGACAUUACAAUGAACGCGUCCUCAUAUAGAUCCUCCCAACAGCUUCCACUGACACACACUGCAUUCAAAUAGCAACAAGCAUUUUGCUACACCCACAAUAACAUCUGCUAAAUAUGUGUAUGUGACCAAUAAAAUCUGAUUUGAUUUAAUAUAAACUCUCAGAGAUUAUGUUUUUGUUAUUCUUUGAUAGGAAGCCUGUGCGGUUGGCGUUGAGGGGGGUAUCACCCUGUCGGAUCACCUGAUCACUGCAUACCGUGCCCACGGCUACACCCUCACCAGGGGCGGGACGGUCAGGGAGAUCAUGGCAGAGCUCACUGGUGAGUGUUCUUGACUUGACUCAGUCCAAUAGAGAACCCUAAUAAGAUCUAAUCACUGUACUUUGCACCUCUGAUUUGAUCUCCCUAACCAUUAAAACUCUCCUUUCUCUCUUUUCUUUUUCUUCCCUUAUUUUUGUCUUUUGUUCCCUUGCUGUCUCUCUUAGGUCGUAGAGGAGGCAUUGCUAAGGGCAAGGGAGGCUCUAUGCACAUGUACACUAAAAACUUCUAUGGAGGCAAUGGCAUUGUGGGAGCUCAGGUAAUUCACUAAAGCCUAGCAUUAUUCCUUUAUCUUAGAUUUGAAAGAAUACCGUUUAGAUUUCUUUUUUUUGACCUCAUCAUUUGCAUCCGGUUUAUAUCCGAUUCAAAGAUGGUGGAUUUCUCCCUCACAAAUAUAACACCUGCCUAAUUUCCCCUCAGGUACCGCUGGGAGCCGGUGUAGCCCUGGCCUGCAAGUACCUGGGCAAUGAUCAGCUGUGUGUCAGUCUCUAUGGUGAUGGUGCAGCCAAUCAGGUUUGACAUAAGGCAUGCUUCUUGAAGCCUGCAUACAUUAAACAUAUGAAGGACACUUGCUUCAAGUUUGGAUUUGACCCCAACUGUUGACUGAAUUUGUAUUCAUCCACAGGGUCAGAUCUUUGAGACAUAUAACAUGUCGUCUCUUUGGAAGUUACCCAUCAUUUUCAUCUGUGAGAACAACCAGUAUGGCAUGGGGACAUCAGUAGAGCGCUCUGCUGCCAGCACCGAAUACUACAAGAGAGGGGACUACAUUCCUGGCAUCAGGGUAGACCGCUAACUAAUACAUUCAAGCUCAUGUACAUCUUACAAAAUGUAUUCCGUAAUCUCACACAAUGCAUCUGUACCCAGGUGGAUGGGAUGGACGUCCUGUGUGUUAGAGAGGCCACCAAGUUUGCAGCUGAUCACUGCCGAUCUGGAAAGGUGAGCAUCAAUCUUACAGUAUGUAGGAUGGUUGAUUUUGUGUCUGUGUGUACUGUGCACAGGUUUGUGUGUUUUUAGUCAAAGUAGCACAACUUAGACUUUUUCUCUGUGCACCACCUGUGUUCAGGGCCCUAUCCUCAUGGAGCUCCAGACCUACCGUUACCAUGGACACAGCAUGAGCGAUCCUGGGGUCAGGUAAAAGUCCAAUCCAUAUUGUUAUUAUUGGAUUAGUAGAUUACUAUUGUUGAUGUCAUUGACAUGAUUAUUGUUACGUACCUAUGUUUUUUUUUCUCCAAGUUAUUUGAACUCCAUCAGUGCCGACCUACCAGGGAUUCAGCAAGGCUUUCAGUGCUCUAAUAUAUUGCUGCCCCUGCACUCUGCUAUGUCCCCCAGUAGUCUCCUCCCUGCCCUCUCUUACCCGCCAUAGUGACACUGCAUUCCCCUGAUCCCUACCCCGCUCUUCCCCGUUUCUCAGCUACCGCACACGUGAGGAGAUCCAGGAGGUCCGUAGUAAGAGCGAUCCCAUCUCCAUGCUGAAGGACCGCAUGCUCAGCAACAACAUGGCCAGCAUAGAGGAGCUCAAGGUGAUUCUCAAACAUUCACUAAUAUACUGCACAUUCAACACAGUAUGAAUAGGCAGUAUAUACAGGUAACUGCCAAAAUAAAGGAAACACCAACGUAAAGUGUCUUAAUAGGGCGUUGGUAGGGCUGGGCGAUAUCAAAUUAAUUCAAGUUUAUGUUUUAACACAAUAUUCCAAAUGCCUGUAUCACAAGAAUCAAAUUUAAUUUAAUUUUUAUUUUUUAUGAGUGCUUAUGUCCGAUGUCCGCUUGAUCUGUAUUGGUCUCUCUUGGGGUAUGUCUCUAAAAGCUUGGCACAUCUAGCCACUGGGAUUUUUGCCCAUUCUUUAAGGCAAAACUGCUCCAGCUCCUUCAAGUUGGAUACAAAGCAAUCUUUAAGUCAUACCACAGAUUCUCAAUUGGAUUGAGGUCUGGGCUUUGACUAGGCCAUUCCAAGACAUUUAAAUGUUUCCCCUUAAACCACUCAAGUGUUGCUUUAGCAGUAUGCUUAGGGUCAUUGUCCUGCUGGAAGGUGAACCUCCGUCCCAGUCUCAAAUCUCUGGAAGAAUGAAACAGGUUUCCCUCAAGCGUUUUCCUUGAUGGCCAAAAAGCUCAAUUUUAGUCUCAUCUGACCAGAGUACCUUCUUCCAUAUGUUUGGGGAGUCUCCCACAUGGCUUUUGGCGAACACCAAACAUGUUUGCUUAUUUUUUUCUUUAAGCAAUGGUUUUUUUCUGGUCACUCUUCCGUAAAGUCCAGCUCUGUGGAGUGUACGGCUUAAAGUAGUCCUAUGGACAGAUACUCCAAUCUCCGCUGUGGAGCUUUGCAGCUCCUUCAGGGUUAUCUUUGGUCUCUUUGUUGCCUCUUAUUAAUGCCCUCCUUGCCUGGUCUGUGAAUUUUGGUGGGUGGCCCUCUCUUGGCAGGUUUGUUGUGGUGCCAUAUUCUUUCCAUUUUUUUAAAUAAUGGAUUUAAUGGUGCUCCGUGGGAUGUUCAAAGUUUCUGAUAUUUUUUUAUAACCCAACUCUGAUCUGUACAUCUCCACAACUUUGUCCCUGACCUGUUUGGAGAGCUCCUUGUUCUUCAUGGUGCCCCUUGCUUAGUGGUGUUGCAGACUCUGGGGCCUUUCAGAACAAGUGUAUGUGUGUGUGUGUAUAUAUAUGAGAUCGUGUGACAUUUAGAUUGCACACAGGUGGACUUUAUUUAACUAAUUAUGUGACUUCUGAAGGUAAUUGGUUGCACCAGAUCUUAUUUAGGGACUUCAUAGCAAAGGGGGUGAAUACAUAUGCACGCACCACUUUUCUGUUAUGAAUUUUUUGAAACAAGUUAUUUUUUUCAUUUCACUUCACCAAUUUGGACUAUUUUGUGUAUGUCCAUUACAUGAAAUGCAAAUAAAAAUCAAUUUAAAUUACAGGUUGUAAUGCAACAAAAUAGGAAAAACGCCAAGGGGGAUGAAUACUUUUGCAGGGCACUGUAUUUGAGCUGUUCUUACCAUAAUAUGGACUUGGUCUUUUACCAAAUAGGGCUAUCUUCUGUAUACCCCCCUACCUUGUCACAACACAACUGAUUGGCUCAAACACAUUAAGAAGGAAAUAAAUUCCACAAAUUAUCAAGGCACACCUGUUAGUUGAAAUGCAUUCCAGGUGACUACCUCAUGAAGCUGUUUGAGAGAAUGCCAAGAGUGUGCAAAGCUGUCAUCAAGGCAAAGGGUGGCUAUUUGAAGAAUCUCAAAUAUAAAAUAUAUUUUGAUUUGUUUAACACGUUUUUGGUUACUACAUAAUUCCAUAUGCGUUAUUGCAUAGUUUUGAUGUCUUCACUAUUAUUCUACAAUGUAGAAAAUAGUACAAAUAAAGAAAAACCCUUCAAUGAGUACGUGUGUCCAAACUUUUGACUGGUACUGUGAUAUAACUGUAUAUCUAUCUCGUAUAUAUGAUUUUAGGCCAUAUCACCCAGCCCUAGACCUUGGGCCACCAUGAGCCACAAGAGUAGCUUCAAUGUGCCUUGGCAUAAAUUCUACAAGCGUCUGGAACUCUAUUGGAGGGAUGCGACACCAGAAUCUCCCAUAAGUGUUAAAUUGGGUUGAGAUCUGGUGACUGACACACAGCCUUAAACCCCCUAUGCUCCCUUGAGACCCCUCUUUCAAAGUCACUGAGAUCUCCUCUUCUAGCCAUGGUAGUCAAAAUAAUGGGCAACUGAGAAUUUUUGUGCAUGACCCUAAGCAUGAUGGGAUGUUAAUUGCUUAAUUAACUCAGGAACCACAUCUGUGUGGAAGGACCUGCUUUCAAUAUACUUUGUACAGGUAACUGCCAAAUUAUAGGAAACACUUGAUUAAAUGAGGGAUACAAAGUCAAAUAUCUGAAUCUAUCAUUGUCUAUGUUUGAAAAACGCAUAAUUAUUGACACAUUGAAAAUAGUUACAGCUGACAGAAGCAUGUCUUUGAGGAUGUAAAGACCAAACUUCCCUUGUCCUGUAUGUGUGCAGGAGAUUGACAUUGCGGUCAGGAAGGAGAUUGAAGAUGCUGCACAGUUCGCCACCACAGACCCUGAGCCCCCUCUGGAUGACCUGUGUAGCCACAUCUACGCCAACGAUCAGCCCUUUGAAGUGCGUGGUGCCACCCCAUGGACCAAGUUGACGUCAACCAGCUAAAGCAGCGUUUCCCAAACUCGGUCCUCAUGACCCCUAGGGGUGCACAUUUUGGUUUUUGCC